CUGCUGCCCCCAGCACGCAUCAUCAUGCUUCACAGCCGGAAGAGCCAGCGCGACACGCUUGAAGCGGGCCUUGAGGCCGAAAAAGAGGCUCCGGGCCUGGUGGGCGCACAGGUCCCUGUGGCUGAGGAGGGGGCCCCUGCCUCCUCGCUCUCUGCUCUGACGGAGGGCACCGCCGACGCCGUGCCUGCCGCUGGGGUGCGAAGUGUUCCCCAGCGUCCGCAGAGAGCCCGCUCCUCCUCCGUGGCCCUCGAAGCCGCUCCACUGAGCAAAUCAAAUGAGGGCUCCAGCGGCCGAGAAGGGGGUAUGAGCAGUGACGUGCUAAACAAGAAGGUGGCUGAAUUGGUGCAGUUCUUAAGUGUCAAGUAUGUAAAACAGGAGCCCGUCUCAAAGGCAGAAAUGCUGAGGAGCGUCAUCAAAGAGCACCAGGGCCACUUCUGGGCGAUCUUCAGCAAAGUGUGUGAGUGCGUGGAGAUCGUCUUCGGCAUCAAAGUGAAGGAAGUGGGCCCCUCCGGCCGCUCCUAUGUGCUCGCGAAGACACUCGACCUCACCUACAACGGGAUGCUGAGUGAUGACCAGGGCGUGCCCAAGACCGGCAUCCUGACACUUAUCCUGGGUGUGAUCGUCAUGCAGGGCAACCGGGCCCCCGAGGAGGACAUCUGGGAAGUGCUGAGUAUUAUUGGGGUGUAUGUUGGGCAGGAGGAUUUCAUCCACAGGGAGACCAAGAAGCUCAUCACCAAAGAGUUGGUGGAGGAAAGGUACCUGGAGUGCCAGCAGGUGCCCAACAGUGACCCUCCACGGUACGAGUUCCUGUGGGGUCCGAGGGCCUACGCUGAAACCAGCAAGCUGAGAGUCCUGGAGUUUUUUGCCAAGAUCAAUGAGACUGACCCCACUGCAUUCCCACCCUGGUAUGAGGAAGCUUUGAGAGAUGAGAAAGAGAGAGCCCAGGCCAGAGCUGCCGUGGGGGCUAAUACUUCUGCCAUGGCCAGUGGCAGCGCCAGUGUCAUGCCCAGCAGCCUCUCCUGCCCUGAGUGA